AUGCUCUUCACCGUGGGUUCCGACCUUGGCUCAACUUUGUCGGGGAUGUUCUACGGCAUCAUUGGCUCCUUCUGGGCCUUGUUGGUGAACUGGAUCUUCUUGGGUUUCUUUCCAGGCGGCUACACUGGUGAGAACACCUCGGUCUUUUGGAUCGCUUUGGCGGUGAUCUUCAUCUACACCUUCUUGAUGAUCGCCCUGAAAGUGCCCGAAACCAUGCGCUUCUGGGCCUUGAUCAGCUUCACGGGCGGCUACGCCAUGAAUUUGGUGAACCCUGCGGACAACGGUGAGCCGAAGAGCAGCAACUGGCAGCUCAGUGAGCAAGGUUAUGCGGAAAACGCCUUUAUCACCUAUAUCCUUGGGGGUGUUUUGGCGCUGGUCAUUUUCGCCAUCCCCUUUUUGACUUCCUUGAAGCAGUCCCAGACGCGCGUGGCUUCUUGGCGACAAAAAAAAAAAAUUGGGACUCGACAACACUCCAGGGAGUUGGUGAAGUACUACAGCCGAAACAAGAAGACUCUGAAGAUCUUCGACAUCAAGGAACACUUUCAGAGCUUGGGACGCAGAUUAGAUGAAGCAGAUGCCCUUGGCGGCAAUUCUUGGUAUGAAUCAUGUGGCAAGAGUUCCCGCCGUGCAAUGACGCAGAAACUCUUCAACCUUCAGAAGAACCUCAUGGAAUAUGCGGAGCCCCUGCUGGAAGUCGUCAUAGAUGAAGACUUUAAAGAGAGUCAUACCAUGAUGAUGUCCAAAAUGAAGGGACCAAUGGAGAAAGUGGUGGACGGUACAAUGACCAUCGUGAGCAAGCUGAUCUUGGCCGCAGAGGAUGGAAAGAUCGAUGAAGCUGAGAGGAAGGAUUUGCAGGAGCUAUCUGGUGAAAAUGCUGGGAAUUGGAUUGAAGAUGAGAUGGACGACCUGCCCAGAUUGGUGGCUGCUUUGCAAAGUCAGGUCGAGCAAGGCAGCAAAAUGGUUGGCCGCGAGGGUCACAAAUCCAUCCAGGAUGAGACGCUGGGUGAGCACUACGUGUCGCUGACGAUUUGUCGCAUGGCACAACUGGUCCUGGACGAAGCGGAGAAGUUUUUGCACCCCGAGGGAGACCUCGAGGAUGAUUGGUCCGAAAGCUUCAAGAAGUCCUGCACAGGUCUGAUCAACUAUGACAGAGGCGAUUUGAAGUGGGCUGCUCGCUCGUCGCUGUGUCUACUGGUGAAUUUCAUGAUUGGUCUCUACGGUUCCCUGGCGACCAGGGAAGGGGCGCCCAAAAAUGGUGGGCCCCUUGGCUGGUGCGACACGGCAGCGAUCGACCGGUGGAAGGAAAACGGUGGUAAGGAGCCGGAAUGCAUGAUCCACAAGUACACCGCUGGACUGGCGAGCAUCAACGUGGUUUUGAUGUCCCGCUACAGCGCUGGCACCAUCAAGGCGGCCUUGGAUCGAGUGGCGGCCGUGGUCUUUGCCUCUGUGGUUGGCACCUUGGGCUACACGGCCUUGGGAUGGUGUACGGACGUCUACAGGGUUUGCACGGUGGUGGUGAUCUUCUUCGUGACCUGGGGCUUCAUGUACAUGAAGUAUGAUGGCUCCGGGGACACUGCGGGUAUCGCCCAGCGAUUAGCGGCCAUCACGGUCGCCAGCUUGAUGGCUGACUGCUCCAACGAAGCCUCCACCCCGGCCACGUUUUCGGGGAAAUUCCACGAGCUCAGCGACAUCAUCAUCGGUGCAUUGGAGAAGAUCUGGGAUGUCCGUUGCUUAAAAUCACCAGCAGUAAUGGGUAUUAAAUUUGGGGGUAUGAUGGGGAUACAAUGGAUUGAACCAUGUAUGUUUCUUGGGUGUGUCUGA